ACAGCCUGAACAGCAAGCUCUUGAGCCUGCAACUUGACAUCAAGAAUCUGCAUGAUGUCUGCAAGAGACAGGGGAAGACCCUGCAGGAGAAUCAGCUCUGUGUGGAAGAGGCGGUGAUGAACAGCCACGUGAUUCUCUACGAAGAGGAAAUGGGAAGUCAUAAUGAGAACACAGGAGAGAAGCUCCAUUUGGCACAGGAGCAGCUUGCCUUGGCUGGGGACAAGAUUGUCUCCCUAGAAAGGAGCUUAAACCUUUACAGGGACAAAUACCAGACUUCCCUGAGCAACAUCGAGUUACUGGAGUGCCAAGUGAAGAUUCUGGAAGGAGAGCUCAGUGGGCUCAUCAAUCAGGAGCCUGAGAACAAGGGUGACCAUUCCAAGGUGCGGAUAUACACGUCUGCCUGCGUGAUUCAGGAGCACCAGGAAACCCUGAAACGGCUGUCUGAGGUGUGGCACAAAGUCUCCGAGCAAGACGACCUGAUCCAGGAGCUCCGGGACAAACUCGCCUGCAGCAACGCUCUGGUUCUGGAGCGAGAAGAGGCUUUGAUAAAGUUACAAGCAGACUUUGCUUCCUAUACAGCCACCCACAGACACCCGCCGAGCUCCUCAGAAGAUUGCGAAGACAUCAAAAAGAUACUCAAGCACUUGCAGGAGCAGAAGGACAGCCAGUGCUUGCACGUGGAGGAGUACCAGAACCUUGUGAAGGACCUGCGCAUGGAACUGGAAAACGUGUCAGAACAGAAGAAAAACAUCAUGAAGGACAUGAUGAAGCUGGAGCUGGAUUUGCAUGGACUGCGGGAAGAGACAUCCGCGCACAUCGAGAGGAAGGACAAGGAGACUCUCAUCCUGCAACACCGGCUGCAGGAGCUGCAGCUGCAGUUCACCGAGACCCAGAAGAUUGCUCUGAAGAAAGACAAGUUACUCCAAGAGAAAGAUGAAAUGCUGCAUGAGCUAGAGAGGAAACUGACUCAGAUUCAGAACAACCUCAUGAAAAAGGAGAUGGAGUUGGAGAAGCAGCUAGCUCUGACAGGAGAACUCGAAAUGACUGUGAAGGAGGCAAAGCAGAACAAUUCCAAGGUGGAGUGUGGGGCCCUGCGGGCUGAGGUGGAGCAGCUCAAGGACAGUCUCGAAGAGGCCAGACAGCAGCAGAGGGUGGCAGCUCAGCAAGCAGCCCAAUACAAGGAAGAGGCCAGGCUGGCACAGAUUAGCCUGGAGGAUGCACAGAGGAAACUGCAAAGCUGCAUUUUCCAGGACAAACAGAAGGCAGACACCAUCCAGGAGCUACAGAGAGACCUUCAGAAGCUGCAGAAGGAAUUCGCAACAGCUGAAGAGGAGCUAGCAUCCAACAGGAAACGGAUAGAGGAGCUGACCUCAGAACUCUCGGAGGCCCUGAGGAAGAAUGAAAAUUGCGAGAAGGAAAACAGGCAGCUUCAUAAGACAAUAGAUGAACAGGACCUGAAAAUAAAUGACAUGCUAGAUCGUAUCCAACUCAUUCAGCACCAGCACCGGGAGCUAGCCUCUGCCAAAAGCAAGCUAGAAGAUGAUCUUCAGGAGAUAACAAAGCUACUGGAAGAGAAACGGGAACAGUUGAAAAAGAGCAAAGAACGGGAGAAACUGCUGGAGGAAGAACUUGAGGCUUUGCGACAGGAAGGAAAAAAGAAAGAAAAGAUGUUGAAGGAGAAUUUGAGGAAGCUGGAGGAGGAAAAUGAGAAUGCCCGAACAGAGUUGAUGCGUUAUUCUGCACAAUUGGAAGCCUCUAUCAGCAAAUACAAUGCCAGCCAGCAAGUCAUCCAGGAGUUGAAUAUAGAGAUAAGCCGUCAGAAGGAGAACGUAGCGAGCCUGAAGGCCGAGCUGGAAAAGGCUGAGCAGAGGGAGAAACACUAUCUCCAGACCAUGGUGACUAAAGAAACCUAUGAAGAGCUAUCCCGGAAGUCGGGCGCCUGCCAAGAUGACCUGACGCAAGCCCUGGAGAAGCUCAAUCAUGCGACGUCGGAGACAAAGAGCCUGCAACGAAGCUUGCUGCAGACCCAAGAGAAGAAAGCUCACCUGGAAGAUGAGAUCAUUGCCUAUGAGGAGAGGAUGAAAAAGCUCAAUAUGGAAUUGAAAAAACUGCAGGGCUUCCACCAGCAGAGUGAGCUAGAGGUGCAUGCCUUCGACAAGAAGCUGGAGGAGAUGAGCAGCCAGGUGCUGCAGUGGCAGAAGCAGCACCAGAACGACCUCAAGAUGCUGGCGGCCAAAGAGGAGCAGCUCAGGGAGUUCCAGGAGGAGAUGACCACCCUGAAGGAGAACCUCCUCGCAGACGAGAAGGAGACCUGUUGCCUGCCCCAGCGGUCCAUGGCCAAGGACACCUGUAGGCUCCACCGAGAGAACGAUCAGAUUAUGUGUAACAUGGAGCAGUGGGCCAAGGAGCAGAAGGUUGCCAAUGAGAAACUCGGAAACAAGCUCCGGGAGCAGGUCAAGUACAUCGCCAAGCUGACUGGUGAAAAGGACCACCUCCACAAUGUGAUGCUCCAUCUGCAGCAGGAAAACAAGAAGCUGAAGACUGAGAUGGAAGAGAAGAGGACGAAGGCCGGGCCCCCGAAGCUUUGCACGAAAGCCAUCUGCCCGAGCAAAGUGGAGCCCACACAGAAGGGCAGAGUGUGUGGCGUGCUGGGCUGGAGAGGGACGCCCCAGGAUGUGACCCACAGAAUGGACAUCACCAAGUACAUCGGGGUGCCCCACUGCUCAGGUUCCUCGUAUUGCUAGACUCAGCAUCUUGCCCUGAGCAUCAUUUCCACACACGGUUUCCAGAGGAUGGUGAGUUCCUGCCCCUCUCUCCUGACCUGAAUCAGCUCUUCCAGGAACGUUUCGAGGCCCCAGCCUACCUUGCAAGAUGCUAACGUUGAAUUUUGUCCACCUCCUGCAAUGGAGUGAGCCUUGGAACCAUACUACCAUCUCCAGGCCCAAACGCCAAAAUAAAGAC